GCUUUGCCCAGGUUUCAGUACUAGAGGCCAAUUUUUGUAAUGUUUCCAGGGUGGGAUUUGCCGGUUUUACAAAGUGUGUUAAUAUCUUUGCCUGCUUCAUGAUACCCGAAGGAGGCAGGCUCUGCUCUUGCAGAGAACCCUCUGAUGGUGCAGAGUCUGGCCAUUUUAUAAAUAACUAACAGCAACUGUAAAAUAAUCUCUUCGCCUCGGUUGAUUCCUGUGUUGAACGCGAUUCACAUUAUUAUUGUUGCUAAAAAAUCGCUCUACCCCCACUCCCCUCUACAUGUUAUUACUCAUUUCUGGCUUAGUAGUAAACUAUAAUGCAAUAUAGGGUUAACACCAAGGUGCUCACCAAGUCUUUGUUUUUUUCCAGCUUGCGGAGACUGCUUGCCGAACUCUUCCCGACUGGGCAAUGAUUUUCCAGUUUCGCUGUAGCUUCAGCAGGGAAAGAGAUCUACUUCUAGCCGGUGGGUGUGGGAGUCAACUCUCACAGUAUGUAAAAUACAGGCUACAGUCUCUCUUUCUCCAUACACAGGGUUUAGGAGCCGGUGCUGUGGAUGGAGAGACGGGCACGUGAGCGGCCAUUGAGGGCGGCAAGGGUGCAGGUGAGCCCCCAUCUGCUCGGUGUGCAGGCUGAGCUUCGAGGGGCUGAGCUUCGAUGGAGUACCACUUGAUGGGGCACAACAAAGAGAAGCGUUAUCAGUGCGCCCUGUGUGGCAAGGCCUGCCAGUGCCCGAGCCAGCUGGAGGCGCACCGGCGGGUGCACACGGGAGAACGCCCCUUCGACUGCUCAGAGUGCGACAAGAGUUUCAAGACGGCAAAUGUCCUGAAGUCCCACCAGUGGGUACACAAGGACGAGAAGCCCCAUGGCUGCUCCACAUGUGGCAAGAGCUUUAUCCAGUUUUCGGGGCUGCGGGACCACCAGCGGGUGCACAGCAGUGAGCGGCCCUUCACCUGCUUUGACUGCGGCAAAGAAUUCAAGUCGUCCAAGGAGCUGAAGGAGCACAGGUGGCUGCACAUCGGGGAGCUGCCCUUCACCUGCAGCCGCUGCGGCAAGGGCUUCACCCAGUCCACCAGCCUGCGGAGGCACAAGCUCACCCACACCGGCGAGCGCCCCUACACCUGUGCCCAGUGCGGUAAGGGAUUCACCAGCUCCAGCAACCUGCUGGUGCACGAGCGUAUCCACACUGGCGAGCGCCCCUACACCUGCGUCCAGUGCGGAAAGUGCUUCAGCCGCUCUGACAGCCUGCUGGUGCACGGGCGUAUCCACACUGGGGAGCGCCCCUACACCUGUGCCCAGUGCGGCAAGGACUUCAUCCAAUACAGUAACCUGCUGAUACACCAGCGCACCCACACCGGGGAGCGCCCCUACACCUGUGCCCAGUGCGGCAAGGGCUUCAUCUGCUCCAGCCAGCUGCUGGCCCACGAGCGGGUGCAUGCCGGCGACCGUCCAGCCUGUGGCAGUACCGGUGUACCCACAGCGGUGAGCAUCCCUUCUCCUGCCCGUCCUGUGAUACGGGCUUCAACCACCUUGACCAUCUGCUGGAGCACCGGCAAGUUCACAUCGGCCAGCGCCCCUUCACCUGCCCGCUCUAUGGCAAGGCCUUUGCCGCUUCUCCAGCCUGCUGGCACACCGCCACGUGGAUAGGCGCUGUUUAGGUAGAGACAAAAUGCUGGAAGGAAUGUGUAACGUUUCUGGUCGAGACCCUCCUCAGUCUCGACCCAAAAUGUCACCCAGUCCUUUUCUCCAGAGAUGCUGCCUGACCCGCUGAGUUAUUCCAGCAUUUUGUGUCCUUUUUUGUAAACCAGCAUCUGCAGUUCCUUGUUUUUAAACCAUUCUGGUUAACCAUCUCUGCACCUUCCCCAAAGCCUCCACAUCAGUCCUGUAAUGGAGUGACCAGAACUGUAUGCAAUACUCCAAAUGCUACCUGACCAAUGUCUCUUAAAGCUGCACAAUACGUUCCUCUCUCCUUAUCUCACACCCUUUUAUCGCCUUAUUUUUCCUCGCCUCUGUCACUUCACUCAUCUGCCGAUCACCCCCUCAUUUGUUAACAUAGUGUCAGUCUGAAGAAGGGUCCUGACCCGAAAUGUCACCUAUCCAUGUUCUCCACAGAUGCUGCCUGACCCGCCGAGUUACUCCAGCACUGUGUGAAAUGUCACCUAUCCAUGUUCCCCACAGAUGCUGCCUGACCCGCUAAGUUACUCCAGCACUUCGUGUUGGAGUCAUAGAGUGACACAGUGUGGAAACAGGACCUUCGGCCCAACUUGCCCACACCGACCAACAUGUCCUGGCUACACGAGUCCCACCAGCCUGCAUUUGGUCCAUAUCCCUCCAAACUUGACCACUAUAACUGUUUCUUAAAAGUUGGGAUAGUCCCAGUCUCAACUCGCUCCCUGUUGAAAGUCACCCCUCAGAUUCCUAUUAAAUCUUUUCCCCUUCACCUUGAACCUAUGUCCUCUGGUCCUCGAUUCCCUCACUCUGGGCAAGAGAUACAUUACAAUACUAGACUAAGUGGGACCCGUUGGGUCCCGGCCUCACACGGGAGGGCUGGAUACCCAACACAAUAUUCCACCUCUGCAGCAAUUCCAAUAUUGCUGGCCAGUGGGAAGGGGGCUUUCUGUUGCGCUAGUAUGAGUGUUGUGGGCCGA